GAGCUGCGUGCUGGCUGCUCACAUGUUUAACUCGCUCGAGAAAUUCGUGAAUAUUUGUGAAAAUACACAAGUGCAACAACCGAUUUCUUGUGCAGUGUAACAACCAACAUCGUUUUCAUCGAUACCAUCAUCAAUCCACCUUUGGCGCGGUGAAAAUCUGCAGAUUUAUUCGAUAUUCUAAGUCAUAAAAACGAGAAGGGUGAGGAUUAGUCGUUUGGAGAUCAUCUUCAGGCGCAGUCGCUCACAGUGUUCUGCGAAACACUUUGAUUCGUGUCCUUGGACAUCCGAAACGCAACGCUUUAGCAGGCGCCGCGCAGAAGACGAGUGAUGGAUGCGGUCUUCUUCAAUUUCCAUAAGGAAGAAGAUUUCUCAUCGUAUUUCUCGUCUUAUGAAGAAGAUUCCCAAAGCUACGAUGGCUUACAAAACGGAGCACAGAACUCCGACUAUCACUGGUUGGACUACGAGCGAGAGCUCAAUGGCGAUAUGGGACUUAUUCCCAUACCGAGCGAAACCAACUUUGCGCUGUCCACAUCGCCGCCAGUCAAAGAAGACUUUAAUAAGAUAAUGAGCGAAUGGAAUCACUUAGUUAGUUUAGAAGUCGGUGAUGACUUGGUCGAUGACUUGGAGAGCGCGUCGGCGGUGUCACUGCAGAUGGCUGACGACGCCGGCGCCAUUGCGCUGCCGUCACCCCACGAGGAGGACAUGCUCGACAUCAAGGCGGAGGACUUCGACAUCACGAAGUACGUUGUCGGCAGCGAGCCGGACGUCCCCGAUGUUAUGUCCGCUUGCGGUUUUGAGGAGCAUAGUAGUAGUAUAAGUAGUCCUAAACAAAUUGAAAAUGUAAACGUUAAGCAUGAACGUGAUGUAACAAAUGUAGCGCCGAAGGUUAAGGUAGAAGAAGAAGAAGAAGAAGAUGCGAUGGAAUUGGAGGAUGUUAAUGUUGGUAAAAUUGAGACGAAUGCGCAUGCGCCAGAUAAGGUAAUCAAGAUGGAAAAAUCGCCGAUGAAAAAAGCCAAACAAUGUGUUAUGCCGCCGCCGAAAUUUGGUGGUAAACGGAUUGACAUGGCUAGGGGUAGAUAUAUGGUUGAUGAGGAAGAUUCAUCCAGCGAUGAUGAAGAUAUUGCUAUUGAUGUGGAAACAGUUGAUGGCGAAGAAGAAAUUAGUCAUCCAGUACUGCAAGCUGGUGAUCUCAAUAGUUUGCUGGAACAGUUUGAGGCUACUGAGACUACCAACAUGGAAUUGCACCAACAGAUGCCAUGCACACCAGAAAGAGAUGCUCAAAAUUCUGUUCGUAUGGACGACAUCUCCCUGGAUAUCAUGAUUGAACAAGUAAAACUUAUUUCGCCGAUAAAGUCACCAAUGGUGAUUAGAAAAGGGCCAACGAAAAGCAAUAGACAAUUACUGGAUUUCCGGGAAGCCAAACCCGAAGGUGUCACCGCGAUAACCAAGGUAAAGUCAGAAAAAGUUGAAAUCAAAACAGAAAAUGUUUCAACAAAUGAGCUGAAAGCCGCGAAAGAAAUUAAACUGGAUCAGUCUCCAGUGAAAGACCAGCGUAAAAAUAAACAGAUCCUGGACGCAUUGCCAACUGAGUUAAUUGACAGGAUACGCGCAUCUAGUAAACGCAAGCCAGUACAAUUGAUUGAGCCAAUCGCACCAACCAAACGCCGAAUGAUGAACAACAAUACCCAUUCACAAUCUCCAGCGCAUAUUAAAGACCCCAUUGCUAAUUCUCCACUAGCAAAUCGCAUUAUUAACAGUAACAUUAACAACAACCAUGGUAUUCAAACAACUACGACGAAUGGCAACAAAUUUAUGAAUACUGUUUUCAAAAUGACGCAGAAUGUUAUGUUGGAUCAUGAUUAUUGUACCUAUGCUCUACCAACGCAUGGUGUAGUAAAAGACGGACCGAAUUCAGCGAAAGACUCGGGAUUUUCAAGUGCUGAGGAAGAUGAGAAAAUCAUCCGAACACAACCGACGAUUAAAAGCUCCAACGGUAAACUGAUGGUGUCUCUAUUAAAAACAAACACGAUUAAGAAAAAGUUAAAUCUGGAAGAGUAUAAGAAACGCCUGCAAACUAGACCAAACACAAAAUCGUGUGGUACUUCACCGCGGGCUAGCGAAGAUGACGAAAAUACGCGCAGAUUAAAACAUACGGAGAUGUUGAUGAAAAUCGCACAGGACAAUUUAAAACUAGGCAAUAAAAGUCCACAAGAUGGCGGCGGUGAAUCCGUAUCACUACCGCCGAUAGAAAUACCUCAGAUUGGUGCUAAAUCAACAAAUGCCACUACAUCAACUAAAGUGAAAGAUGUAACUAGUUGUGAUACAGUUAAAAUUAAGCAGGAACCACCAGACGAUGUGCAAAUCAUUGAGGUGAAACGACCGCCGAAGAAUAUCGUCAUGAAAACGUUGGUAAGCAUCGGGACUAACACUGAAGAGUCGUGGGGGCAUUUAGAACAGAUUCUACAGAAUACACACAUAAAAAUCAGUCCCAAUUCGUUGAUAAGUUCGAUAGUGGAGCAACUACCAAAACCCAAACAGGUACUACCAACGAAACAAGUUGAACACGGUGAAGACAAGACAAUAGUCUUCAUUGACACAACACGCCCGAAGAAGAACACUCGCGCAGUGCAUGUGCAGACAUUGCACUCGAGUAGUCAUCUGUUGAGGCAGCGGCGCAGGCGCUCUUCCUCUUCGUGCUCGUCAUCCAGCAGUUCUUCGUCGUCUUCGUCAUAUUCGUCGGAUGAUUCGGCCAGGGGCAGUCGCAGUAGUAGAUCUCGUUCACGCACAAGCCACAGCGAUAGGUCGCAAUCGCGCAGUCGCAGUAGAAGUAGGAGUAAUAGCAGGACGCCGUCUCCUGUGCGACGAAAAAUGCAAGAGAUGAAAGAAGUUGAAGAGCGUAGGGUUGUGUAUGUCGGUAAGAUAGCUGAUGAUAUGACCAAGGAAGACUUGCGCAGACGGUUUGCGCGUUUUGGUCACAUCACUAACCUCAGCGUACAUUUCCGUCGUCAUGGCGUAAACUACGGUUUUGUGACUUUUUCACACAAACAGGACGCGUACGACGCUGUUGCAAGGGGUAAUGACAACAAGGAUGAGCCACAGUAUGAUUUGAGUUUCGGAGGGAGGAGAUUGUUUUGUCAGACGACGUAUGCCGACUUAGAUAAUAUGCACGAUGAUGUGCUGUAUGACGAGUUCGGGGCGUGGCCGGCGGAUAAUUUGUGUGCAGGUGGCGCUGAUGCGCCAGCCAAGGACGAUAACUCGUUUGAUAAUUUGCUACGUAAGGCGCAGGCCAAACUCAGGAAUCGUAAGCUUUGACCAUUGGUGUUUGAGCUGGAGUUGUUCGGAUGCAUUUUGAAUGAAACAUAGCCACACUUUUUAUAAUCAAAAAACAUCACGUUGCUAAUAUGAGUUGGAGAUUAUGUGAAAUGUAUCUUGUUGCAUUCUGCGAAAAACGCCAUAUGUGAUCACUUACUCUGUAAAUAGCUAAUUACUUUCAUGACACACACACACAUACGUUUUCAUUGAUAUCAUUUCAGUCGCAAUUGAAUUCAACAUAUUGUACACACGCGUUAUGGAUUUGAUUGGAUGUAAUCGCAGCCGGUUUCAUUGCAUUUUUGUGCAGCACAACUUGAAUGUGAUGAAACGAUUGCGAAUAGCAUGUGAAUAAGCGCCGCCCACUUUCAACAUGGCCGACUGUGUAGGUUAUGUUGCAUGUGAUUUCUACCGCGUCUUACACGGGGCAUCAAACAAAACUCUUUAUCAAUAAACUUGUGACAUUUAAA